AUGAUUCAAGAAGCUACAGAAUCCUGCCAUUGGAACCAUGUUUCCGGAACAUCCAAUCCAGCUGAUCCCCUCUCUUGUGGCGUCAAUCCAAUCGAUCUCAAACAACUUCCCAUUUGGUGGAACGGUCCGAACUGGUUAUCCCUGCCACCAUCCGAUUGGCCUGUUAACGAAAUGCCAUCCCUUGACCCACAUUGGAUGUCGGUGGCCAAAACCAACGUAACCAUGAUAGCCACACUCAAGUCCAACUUUUCCGAUAAAUUAUUCAGCCGAUACUCCUGCUUCAGCAAACUUCGUCGAUCUAUUGCAUACUGCAUACGAUAUUUCCGUGCCCUGAAAGCCGCCGUCAAGAAGACCACCAUCGAACCUUUCGAGACCUUAACAACUGACGACCUCCGUGAUGCAGACAUCGCUCUUUCUCGGCUAGCCCAGCGCGAAUCAUUUCCAGAAGAAAUGUCCAAUCUUGUAUCCGGGGAACGUAUUCCUACAUCGUCAGCAUUGAAGUGGUUGCAAUCGAAAGUCAGCAAGGAAGGUGUCAUCCGAGUUGGUGGAAGACUCGGCAACGCCCCCGUGUCCGAAGAUGUAAAGUUCCCAAUUGUCCUCUCGUCGAUGCACCGGUUAUCCGUCCUGCUAGCCAAGUACUACCACCAUAUGCUGCUCCAUGCCGGUCCCCAGUUGAUGCUUUCUUCGAUUCGCCAGAAAUUCUGGAUCAUCGGUGGCCGAAACUUAGUUCGCCGCACGUACCACCAAUGUCACACGUGCUUCCGCAACAAACCCACCCUGGUGCAGCAGAGUAUCGCCGACCUGCCUACAACAAGAGUGACUCCGACCAGACCAUUCGCCGUAUGCGGUAUUGAUUACUGCGGUCCCGUAUAUAUCAAAUCUCCGAUGCGUAACCGGACUCCUACUAAAGCGUACAUCACAAUAUUUGUAUGCUUCGCUACACGUGCCGUCCAUAUCGAGCUUGUAUCUGAUAUGUCAACACCGGCUUUUAUGGCCGCUCUCCGCCGUUUCGUCGCCCGCCGUGGAAGGAUGAAGGAAAUCCACAGAGACAACGACACCGCCUUCAAGGGCGCAGCAAACGAACUGCACAGACUCUACGCCAUGUUAAAAUCCAACCAAACCGAACGAAAGCAGAUCCUCGACUGGUGUGCAGAGAACGAGAUUAUCAGGCGUUUCAUCCCUCCGCGAGCACCACACUUUGGAGGGCUGUGGGAAGCAGCCGUUAUAUCAGCUAAACAUCACCUGUUACGUGAAAUCGGCAAUGUAAACGUUGGCUACGAGGACAUGUGCACUUUAUUGGCCCAAAUUGAAAUGUGCCUGAAUUCGAGGCCCCUGGUUCCAAUUCCAACCGAUCCUUCAGACCUGGAAGUCUUAACUCCAGGACAUUUCCUGAUUGGAGCCAGUUUCCAAGCCGUUCCGGAAAACAACUUUUGCGACAUUCCGGAUAAUCGUCUGACGCACUUUGAGCUCGCUCAGAAGCGAUUCCAACGAAUCUGGUCCAGAUGGACCAGAAUACCUCCAGCAACUCCAGUCACGCGUUACAAGGUCCAAGCCACCAGUAACCAUCAAACCAGGUGCCGUCGUGGUAAUCAAAGACGACAAUCUACCACCAAUACAAUGGCCGCUCGGAAGGAUCACUAA